CCCCCUAGAAAUGCUAAAAAAUAUAACUCAUUUCUUUCAUGUUUGUUAAGGUAUUCAAGUAGUCUUUUCCAAAGCAGUAGCUAGAUCUACGUGGUUUUUUUUUUAAUGCAUGAAAAAUUUUAGUUAACAGUGAAAAAAAUAAUAAGAGGUAGGCUAUAGAUUCUAUAUUCUAAAAAUGAAACAUUUAUUUAGUAGAGCUAGAAGUCCCAGUGUUGUUUUAGAGAGAAGCGUUUUGUGUUGACAAAUUAUUGUGUUGAUGGCUUGAACAACCUUUCGAAGUUUUGUUUUUCUAUUCAAGUUAAGUUACGAAAAAAAAAACAACAAACAUAUAAGUAGUAUAUUCGUUAAGGUAAUUACCGCUUUUUUGAUAGCCCUAUAUAUUUACACCGCUGGCCGGAUUUCUUUGUAGCUUAGUCGAUGGAUCAAAAUAUAUGUGAUGUUUUGAAGAAGGAAUAACCUAGAUCAAUUUUACAGCACCUCUAUUCAACUCGUGGAAACUGCGAUUGAAUCAUUCAUUGGUCAUAUUGUAAUGUACUAGUUUAGAGAGUAUGUUAGUUUUGUUAGUUAAAUAUAUUGUGUAUAGUUUUAGCGACGGUAAAAGUAAUGACGUAGUAAGACAGACUAAUGACGUAGGAGACUUAGGCGAACAAGAGACCAACAUGGCGUUAUGUUAGAAGUAGGCUGUUUUGAAUAGUAGUUGAAUAGUAGUUAGUUAUAGCGACGUUUUAGAUAGAGAGGACGGAUUUCCCAGUGGUUAAUAAAGCAUCAUUUUAUAGAACUGAAUGUUGUUAUCAAGUAUAUCUAUUUUGUAAUGUUCUGUGGCUAAUGUUAAAGUAAUAAUUGCACAACAUGAAGUCAGAUUAGAUUAGCCCAUAACAUUAUUUUGGCGACCCCGACGCCAGAACGAACGCCACGCCAUUAUUGUGACGACCCAGUGAAGGGAUCGAAGAACGCCAGAACAUUGCCUGAAGUGUUCGUGGAACAUUGAGAAGCCGACAGUUUUACUUUGCUGUCAAGUAAGUCAUUCGUCGUGAAGACAGUAUUUUGAGCGGCGCUCGUUAUUAACUUUGCAAGGUCAUCGAAGUUGACCGUUAGAAUCACUUUGUCAGUUAGACAGUGAUGUAUAGAAGACGUCAUUCUUCUAAAGUACUAGUCUAGAUCCACUAGAUCUACACACGAAUGAUGGUAUACCCUACUACCACACUGUGUGCUCGUCUGUUCAACCUGUGAGGUUGCGUAUUUUGUUCAUUGGAGAGAGAGUUGUAUCUCUCUUGAGUCUUGAGUGAGACAGCACCACUAGCUUGUCUCAGUAUUGACGUUUGCAUACUGUUGUUCCUGACCUGAAGAUAGUGGAAGUGAAACAUUGAGCUGUUAUUUGGAACUUCAUCUUUGUCGCCGUCAAGAUUGUUUUGAGUCGUCGCAGACUACAUUUUCGUCGUAUACCUCACCACAUCUGUGAGCUUGUUUUCACCGGGGACUGCGCUGCACCAGACACAUUAUCGUCGAAGUAGUUGUGAAUUAUUAUUAUCGUCGUCAUCAUUGAAACAGACGCCGUAGAAUGGAUUCGUCGUAGAGGACAUUGAACUGUUACUGCCAGAUUGACUGCACUCUUACCACUUUAGAACUUAUUCGUCGAAGAGGAACCUGAGCCGUUACUGCCUGCCUUGAGGAACUGUGGAACCGGAAGUUUGACUGAAUCGAUAUCGUCACCUUCUGUGAACAUUACACCUGUGUGUUUGGUGAUUGCAACACUUUGCCAGGAGUUGAUCUACACUUGAGCUGCGAACCGAAGCCUUCCAGAUUGCCAGGACGGAGGAGCCUGAACUGACCACUGACCCUUGUGUGAUACUUGUUGGCCGAAAGGGAUUUCAAUAUAAAAGAUAAGUUUAUUUUUCCUUCUAUUAGUGUGUUUAAAAUAGAUUCUAUAGGACUCAGUGGCCACUUGCUGGUUUAUUGCUACCAGGUUAAAUCAGGGUGAACCGGGAGUGUUCUUAAAAUUGGGUAUUUACUAGCAAGGAGCCCACGUAUACGUAUAGUUGUCAACUUGUCUUGUAUGUAAACGUGAAUCAUUUUUUUUUAAGUCUCGUACCGUUUCAAAACUAUUGUAUCACUUUUGUCUCUAAUCUUUCUAUCAGACGAAAGUCUCAUCUCUCAUAGAUGUAUUUGGUGUAUAUAUUUAUUUCUUUAUUCAAUUAAUUUUUUGUGUGUGAUAAUCUUACGUAUUGAUAAAGUAGGCUACAUUUAUUUAGCCUUAUCUAGCAGUAAUCUAGAUCUAAGGUGAGUCUAGACAAUUAGCAGUAUACUAUUGUCUAUGUAAGAAACCAGUGUUAAACUAAGUACCGUUGUCAUAUAUAGAAAUAGUGUUGUUGUCUAAGAUUAUAAUAGUAACAUAAUGGCUACAGCUCCAGGAGAUGAUAUGGAGACUUUUCGCCAGCAAAUUAUUGCUGAGGCUAGACAAUUAGAACUUAAAGGGAAGGACCUAACUGGCUAUGUACAGCAAAUGGUAACAAUAGAGAGAGAUAGAAUAGACAAGAUAAGGGAGAAAGAAAAAGAUAGAGAAGCACAAUUAAUAAAAGAAGAAGCAGAUAGAAAAUUACAGUAUGAUUUAGAGAAAUUGAGGUUAGAUGCUGAAUUGAAAAAACAAAACACAAAUGAUAGACCUACUGUUCAGAGUGAAAACAUAAACAAUAGUAAUAGUACAAGUAAUGGUAAUAGCAUGAAUGAAAAUAGGGAUAAUCAAAGUACUAAUCAUUGGCUGAAAAGAAACUGCAGCCCUUUCAGGAAGAUAAAGACAGUAUUUCAGACUAUUUAAAGCGUUUUGAGAUGAAAAUGAGCAGUUGUAACAUAAGAGAAAAUGAAUAGUCUCAAAUCUUACUUGAUUUUGUUCAAGGUCAAGCAUUAACUAUUUGUCAGAACCAUGAUCAUACCCUUCAGAAUAGUUAUGAUAUAUUAAAGAAAGAGCUUCUUAAUGCCUAUGGUCAUAAUGCCAGUACAUUUAGGAGAAAAUAUUUUGAAAAUUUUCCUAGUAGUCAGAUAGAUCCUCAAACAACAGUAAAUCUUGAAAAAGAUUAUUUCAGUAAAUGGAUGUCAUUUGAGCAAAUAGAUCAAAGCUAUGAAGGACUUAAAAACUUUAUUUUGAUAGAUAACUUUACAAACAAAUGUGAAUCUCAGUUACAGUCAUUUAUAAAAGAGAGAAAACCAAAAAAUUUAGAGGACAUAGUUGUUAUUAUGAGAACUUACAGCAGUGCUUAUCCUAAUAGUUCAUUUUCAAAUAAAGACAAGAAACACAUUGAUUUUGUAGGAUAUAGUAAAGAAACUAAGAGUAAAGAUAUACAUGAGAGCAGAAAUGAUAGAAAUAGAGAUAAUACUGACUAUAGAGAGAUCAUCUGUUUUAAUUGUCAAGGUAGAGGACAUAUUGCAGCACACUGUAAAAAAGUGAAUUACAGUAGAUCAGAUAAUAGGGAUAGUUACAGGAAACAGAGUAGGAAAGUUGAGUUGAAAGAGAACAGAAACAGAAAUAACAAAAGUAGAGUGUAUUUCACCAAUGAUAGGGACAGUAGAGAAAGUAGUGAAAGUGAAGAAGUAGAAGAGAUGAACUAUUGUUGGGGUGUAGAAGAAAUAAAUUUUGUUGAAGAUGAAACUAACAGAGUGAGAGUACACUCUGGUUUUAUUAAUGGGAAACCUAUGAGGUUUGUCAAAGAUUCGGGAUGCAGUACAGUCGGUAUUAGGAGUAACUUAGUUAAACCAGAUUGUUACUUAGGCUAUGAAAAAAAAGUAAGGUUGAUAGAUGGCAGUAUCAAGCGCUAUCAAGCAUGUAAAGUCUUCUUAGAAACACCAUUUUAUACUGGUUAUUGUAAAGGUUUAGCAAUACCAGGAUUGUCUCAUGAUUUGCUUUUAGGCAAUAUACAUGGACUAAAGGAACUGACUCAAAGAGAGAUAGAUAGCUGGAAUAGAAGACAUGAAUACAAAAUGAGACAAAGAAAUUCUUGUGGUAAAGUGAGAAGAAACAUUAUUUGUUUUAAAUGUCAAAGAAAGGGACAUAUUGCCAGGCAAUGCAGAAGUUGGGAUUAUUCAGAUAGAAGAUCUGACCAUUAUGAGUAUGACAGACAUUUUGAUAGUAAUGCCUAUGAUAGACAGUAUCAUAGAGGGAACCCUCAGAGAAGAUGUAACUCUGAUGAGUACCAGGGUACAAGGGACAAUUGUAGGUCAUAUGGACCUUACCAAAGAAGAAAUAGAGAAGCAGAAUAUAGUUGGAGAAAGUAAAUUCUUGAUGGUUUACUUGUAUAUAUAGAUAUAUAUACUAGCAAUGGUUUAAUUGUAUAGUGCAUGAACAUGUUGAGUUCUUUUAGAUUGUAAAUAAGUUGUAUAUGUUAUGAUAUUUAUUUGUAUGCUAUAGCAUGUCACUCAUAAGGCCGUGUUGAUGAGAAAGGGAAAUAAUUUGAAGAGUUAUAGUUUUUAAAGGGAGAUAAUAUAUAUUGAAAGCUUAUUGGAAAGUAAGUAUGAGCAGAAGUAUUAUAUUUUCUUUGUGUGUAUUUUAGAUUCCUGAGGAAAUGGUAAGCGAAGGAAGAAAUAAGCUUGAAUCUAUUGAUGGGUUGGAAAUUUAGGGAUGCCUCAAGUAUCACUGUUUAAACGUUGUUAUAAGUUGUUAAUGGAUUUUUACUGUUUGUAUCCAUAAUAGGAAAAUGUCAUGAAGCUAUGAUGCUUCUUGAUGCUCUUGGAGAUGGACAGUGCAUACUUGGCAUCGUAAACAACAUUAUUGUGAUGUGAUGAACUUUUAUCUUGUACAACGUAGAGCUUGAACCGUGUACAGCGUAACUUGUGGUAACUACAACGUAAUGUUUCGUACUCAUGGACUGUUACACUAUGUGCAGAAAGGUCACACUUUGAACUAUGUGUCACAUCACGUACCACAUUCAACAGAAGUCUUAGUAUUGAACUGUGUAUCACGUCAGAUACCUCACUCAGCAGUAUUGUGUCAGAGACUAUAUGGACUUUUUAAAGUUGUGUUUUACAGUGACAUUACUAUUUGGUCAGUAAUAGUGUGUUACUGAGCUUACCUUGUUGGAUGUCAAAGGACUUACUUUGGUGAAUUGUCAUUGAACUUACCGCAGUGAGAUGUCUGUGAACGAACUUUGUGAGAUACCAGUGAACCUACCUGAGAUGUCAAGAGAAUCUAUUUGUUGUGUUGUCCAUCCCCAUAUUUACUGUAUUUGUUUUUUCAAACAAAAUUCUCCUUGCUAUUGUAAAGACAUUUUACUGUACUUUUUGUAAAAAAUUGUUAAACAAUUUUUUUUAGAAAGGGGGAAGGAAAUGUAAUGUACUAGUUUAGAGAGUAUGUUAGUUUUGUUAGUUAAAUAUAUUGUGUAUAGUUUUAGCGACGGUAAAAGUAAUGACGUAGUAAGACAGACUAAUGACGUAGGAGACUUAGGCGAACAAGAGACCAACAUGGCGUUAUGUUAGAAAGUUGAAGAUAGUUUACUUCCUAGUCCAAACCUACGCAGGACGAUUGGGGAUGGGCGCUGGCAGGGUUUGAACCCGGGACCAUUGAUAAAUUCGAACGACAGUCCAGCGUGCAAACCGCACGACCAGGCAGCCAUCCCUUACAAAAGCCCCUGAUGUCAAAUAUUAUUGUGUCAUCUCACAAGAAAAAUGAACAAAAUUUCAACAUUAGAACUUAUACCAAAGGCGUGAGUUAAAGUCAGGACUUCAUGACCCUGGACCCAGCAGAACCUGGACAGCUGAUCACAAAAACGGUUCUAACGAUUCUCCUAGAAGAUGAGCAGAUGGUGUAUGUCGCUGAGAAAAGAAUGACUGGACUAACUCGUUGGCCACACGUUCCUAGCUUCACAUUUCGGACUAGACUUUUCAUACGCCUGAUGUAGGCCAAAAUCCUUAGAAUGUAGAUAUGACUAUUUAUUGAUGCACAAUUUAGGUUCAUUUAAAUAUAUUGUUUCAUUGAACUAUUUCGAGAAAUCAAUUUGAAAUUAAUUAAAACACAUUCUGUUCAUCUAGGUUCAAACAUUUUUGCAAAGUUAUUCCUCUUCCAGAUAUUCACGUAAUUAGCCUAGCUAACUAAUUGUAGGGGAAGCUACUAUGGUUAGCAUUGAAGCACAAUACAUUUUCACAGUUAUGUUUCUUCGACAGCUUUACGAUUUUCUUCCUCUUGGCAAAUGGUAGAGCUGCUCUGCUAGCACCCGAAUCACGAUAUUAGAAAAUAAAGGAGAAAAGGGGUAUAUCGAAAAAUAUCAAAUUGUUUUGUUUUGUUUUUUGUGGCGAAUAUUGCUCAAACAAUUUUUUAUUGGCAUUGCACGUACUUAGAUACACAAUAAGAACAGCAAUUUCCCUUGUGUUACUAAAAACAAUACA